AUGGAUCUGCUAUGCUCCUCGGAGCUGACCUCACGGGUUGUGCGUUGUGUAUUACACAAGGCAAAGGGGGUGACUGAUGAUUUGAUGCUUGCAAGAUGUGCAAUGGUGUCAAGGAUGAUGACUCGUAGUGAAGUGAUCCUGGCCGUGGUAAUUUUCCUGGCGAUCCUGCCAAUCCUACGGAGAAAUGCGUGUGCGUGUUGCGGGUAUGCCGCUUUAGGAGUUUAG